CGCAAUCGCAUUGUUAGCUCAACAGCUUGAAGAAAGUGUAUUUGUCAACUACUCAUUCUGUUUUGGAUUUGUAAAUGACCGGCAUAACUGAAAAGUCGGUUGGGCCUGUUCACCACGAACAGGUUGAAAGAAAGAGAUCAAAAGAUGAGACCCUGUUCCAUCCACAUACCUUGACUGCUCUGUGUAUUUUAUUAGCCUGGUUAUUCUAUGCUGCGGUACGGACCAAUCACGAGAAUACUGAGAUGAGUAUCAGGCUCGGCUUGUCCGCAGCAAUCUGUUGCUUUGUGUUUAUUGGUAUGCUGCAAUUCCGUGAUGGGCCGUUUUUGCGUCCAAGCGUACCAUUCUGGAGAGGUGUCCUGAGUCUGAGUGUGCUGUACCAACUAUUCUUGGUCUUUUUGUUGUUCUUGAACAAGGAUGAUGCACGCCAAUUCUUGACUUAUUAUGAUUCUAGUCUGGGAAAACAAUUGCCAGAGCGUUCCUAUGCUGAUGCCUGUGAUUUGAACUGGGAGACCAUAAAGAGUCAAAUGGAUAUCUUUGUAAUUGCACAUGCUUUAGGAUGGUUUGGCAAAGCACUCAUCCUUCGUGACGUAUGGUGCUGCUGGAUACUAUCUGUGACUUUUGAAUUAUUGGAGUAUUCACUUGAACAUCAAUUGAAUAACUUUGCAGAGUGCUGGUGGGACCAUUGGAUCUUGGACGUCCUUUUGUGUAACUGGGCAGGCAUUUACCUUGGUAUGAAGACAUGUCAAUACUUUGAAAUGAAGCAAUACUCUUGGGCUGGUUUCCGCCAAAUCAAGACGUUCCGUGGCAAGGCCAAGAGAGCUGUGCAGCAAUUCACGCCUCAUGAUUGGACUCGUUUCGAAUGGAAUGCGACAAGUAGUCCAAAAAACUACUUUUGUAUUGUUGGUUUGAUCAUUGUGUUCCUCCAAUGCGAGUUGAAUUGCUUCUAUCUCAAGUAUCUCUUGUGGGUCCCACCAGAGCAUCCCCUCAACACCUACAGACUAAUCUUGCUUUUCUUCUUUGCUCUUCCUGCUGCCAGAGAACUUUACCAAUACAUUUCGGAUAGUAACACAAACCGGGUGGGGGCCCAUGCAUGGCUCAUCAUCUUCAACAUCAUGACAGAAACACUGAUCUGUCUCAAGUUUUCUGAGAACGAGUUUGUAACUCCAGCACCGAUGUUUGUCAAGGUUGCCUGGUCAAUUGUAUUUGCCGUCAUCCUUGUCAUCUUCCCUCUCUGGAAAUUCGUGAUUUCUCCUAGAAAAACCUUGAAGGCCGAUUAGAAUAACGAGUGUAUUUUGUAAUAUAGAUUUUGUUUCAAUUAUUGUAGUAUUACCAACAAUACUUUAUUUUAUUAUUUUAUUUUAUUUUUAUCAUUUCUUUUACUCACUAUCACUCAUUCACUUACUCAUUCAUCAAUUCUAUUCACGCUACUCACUCUAUCGCCACUACUAUUACUACUAAUACUACUUUUACUACU